CAAGAUUGUAUCUGAUCUUCAAAUCUAGCAAAUCCAAUUUGUGUAACAGUAUCCUGAUCCUGGAACCCUCAUGAUUGGGGCGGGGGCAGCGUGGCGUUGUAUUUGCAGGCACUGCAACGGGUUCAUUAUGAGUCAGUAUGGAUUCUGAGUCAAUGAACUUAUACAAAAAGGUAAGCUGUAUCUACGUAAAAAAAAACUUCCGCGAAGAAGUUAAUCUGAAGAGGAGUUAAGAAACUACAGUACUAAUUUCGAAUUUAUCAAUCAAUAUCAAAGGAUUAACGCAAACCCCCACUAGAAACUUAAGGCGGUGGAUUCGGAUUUGAGGGGCUCCGUUAACGUGGAACGUGGAUCAUACUUGCACAUUUUACCCAUUCGACGCUUUAACCUAUCGCUAUGGCUGCAGAUACACAUGUUGAAGAGCUUCUGAGAAGACCGUUAUAUGUGUAUGAUCUCCCUCAGGAACUCCUCGCAUCCAUAACCCUCAAAGGCGAAGACCAGCCCAUCACACUCAAAGACAACGAAGAACAUGUCACCAAAAAGCUCGAAGAAGCUGCCCAAGAUUAUGCGAUCGCAGCCUCCACUAGCUGCACCCUCUGCAAGGUCUCUUUCGGGAAUGUACAGGAACAACGUGAACAUGUGCGAUCGGACCACCACAAGUACAAUGUGAAGGCUCAGCUCAGAGGAAAUCCGGUCUUAAAUGAGGUGCAGUUUACAAAGGCGAUUGGGGAGCUUGACGAAUCGAUAUCGGGAUCCGAGUCUUCGGAAGGAGAAGAAGAUCAGGGAGGCGACCAGCUCACAGCAUUACUCAAAAGGCAAGCUAAGAUCUCACCAGCAACAGAGGGCGAGGAAGUGACUUCAACAAUGAAGAGUACCGCAAAACAUCCGCUGCUUUGGUUUUCCAAUCCUCUUCUUCCCCCGAACACGUCUCUUGGUGUAUACAGAGCUCUAUUCACGAAUGUUGAGCAGGAAGAGCCUAGACAUCUUGCUGAUUCUCUGAAGAAAAAGCAACUUGCGGCGGCUCAUCCUCCGAAGAGUAACGGAUCUGGCCUGGGCAAACACCCCUCUCCAAGCCCGCAUAUUUUUCUGUGUAUGAUUGGUGGCGGUCACUUUGCAGCGAUGCUUGUUUCGUUAGCCCCUGAAAUUCACCGAAGACAAGGAGGUAUUGAAGAAAGACAAGCUCGUGUGAUCGCACACAAGACGUUCCACCGCUAUACGACGAGGCGAAAGCAAGGUGGCUCGCAAUCGGCCAAUGAUGCUUCCAAGGGAGCAGCACACUCGGCAGGUUCUAGUCUAAGACGAUACAACGAAGCCGCAUUGGAGAAAGAAAUUAGAGAGCUACUAUCAGACUGGAAGGAGAUGAUCGAUGAGGCUCAGUUACUCUUUGUUCGCGCUGCUGGUACUACAAAUCGCAAGAUUCUAUUUGGAUACGAUGGAGCGGCCUUGAAGCAGAACGACCCCAGAAUAAGAGGCUUCCCAUUCAGUACCCGUCGAGCCACUCAGAGCGAGCUUAUGAGGUGCUUCAAAGAACUUACUCGGGUUAAAGUCAGCCAGGUUGACGAGGCUGCUUUGGCGGCCGCAGAGGCAAAACAGCGAGAAGAAACAUCAAAACCUUCAACACCUCGCCCGCAGCAGCAGCAGAAACCGAAAGUCUCCAAGGAAGACGAAGCUGCUAUGGUUCAUACCACCCAAAUCCAAGCCUUAAUUCGUCGCUCUAAGAUCCCGGCCCUGAUGUCGUACUUGUCAAAGAACUCGAUACCCUCUUCCUUCACAUUCUUGCCCUCCGACACACAACAGAAUUUCCGCUGCCCCACACCUCUUCAUCUCGCAUCGAAUCUUGAUUCCCCUGCCGUGGUCUUGGCCUUGCUUUCCAAGGUCAGUGCAGACCCCACAGCUGUUAAUGGAGAAGGAAGAACACCCUUCGAGCUCGCUGGAGAUCGUGCCACUCGGGAUGCCUUCCGUGUGGCCCGUCACGAACUUGGCGAGUUGAAAUGGGAUUGGGAUAGCGCCAAGGUUCCAUCAGCCAUCUCCAAGGCGGACGUAGAUAGCCGUAUGGAAAGGGAAAGGAAAACCGCUCAGGAGGAAGAGUCCAAUCGACGUAAAGUCGAAAUGGACCGCUUGAAAAAGGAGGAAGUGGAACGAGCUGCGCAUGCAAUCGCAAGGAAAGGAGGCCGAGCUUUGGGAGGUGUUGAGAAGACCGCUGCCGAGAAACGGGAAGACGAGAUGCGAGGUAUGACUCCAGAGAUGAGGAUGCGGCUGGAAAGAGAACGCCGCGCAAGGGCCGCAGAAGAACGAAUUCGAAGAAUGCAGGGAGGGUCAUAGCAGUGAAUGCGACGAAACUGCUUCCUGUCCACUGGUUCUUUCAUGAUUUGGAUAUAUGUGUGCAGUAAUAGAAAGGGUUUACUAAUGCCUUAUGAUAAGUCAACUUUAAUGAAAGAAUGAGCAAGCCAUG